AGGCCUAUCGCGAGGUGCCCGGGACUCGUAUCCCCGGAGGUAGUGAGGACGUGCUUUUGGAUUUGUCAGUUAGACAGCUGGUAAAGAACUACAAGAAUAAGAUUGAAGCGCUACAGAAAGAUGCAAGUCCUAGAUUGUAGAUAUCGAUGGCGCGUAGUUAAAGGAAAUUGACAGGAUGACUGCGUGGACGCCAUAAUAAAUACUCUAUACAGAUUCCCAUAUAUUGCUGUUUUCUCUUGUUAGAUUUCUUAUGUUCACUAUCACAGGAGUGACCUGAAAUACUCAUCCCUGCUAGAUCUUAGGGUAGGUAGGUAGGCUAGUUGUAGCCUCGGUAAUAACUGCUACACCUCAGUCUACCUUCCGAGAAAUCCAAUGGUGGCUUUGUGACUUCAGCGAGAUAGUUGCUCUUAUAGAAGUCGCAUCAUUUUCUCUCUUUAGCAACAACCUCUCAUUUUACAACGAUGGAUACUUCUAUCGACCCCGCCCUCCAACAAUACCUCAUUGAUAUUGAUAAUUUCAUAGCGAAGGAAAUCACACCACUACAACAAUCAAAUGACAACAACCGAUUUUUUGAUCAUCGUCGUGAGGCUGCUCGCACGAAUUGGAACUCUACCCCGCACGCCGGGCUUCCAAGUGAGGACUGGGAGGAUCUCUUAGCCGAGGCCCAAAGGCGUGCAGACAAAGCUGGUUUCUAUCGCUUCAGCCUACCCGCCAAAUACGGCGGUAAGGAUAGUAGCAAUCUAUGGAUGGCCGUGAUACGUGAGCAUCUAGCGGCUCGCGGAUUGGGCCUAUUUAACGACUUACAAAAUGAGCACAGUAUCGUGGGUAACUUUCCUGACCUCAUUGUGCUCGACACUUUUGGAAACCAAGCACAAAAGGAAGAGUUUAUAUGGGGAAGAUUGAAUGGGACAAGGAGCACUACCUUUGGUCUUACAGAGCCUGAGCAUGGGAGUGAUGCAACACAUAUGAGUACGCGGGCCGUUACAGAGACCAGGAAUGGAGUCGAAGGCUGGCGCCUUGAUGGAGUGAAGGCAUGGCAGACUGGCAUGCAUAAGGCGACGCACUGCAUCAUCUUUGCCAGAACAGCUGGAAAAAAUGGAGAUGCGAAGGGCAUCACAGCGUUUAUUGUACCUGCAAUGGCAGAUGGGGUCAAGAUCGAAUCGUAUGAGUGGACUUUCAAUAUGCCCACCGAUCAUGCGACAGUCUCAUUCACGAAUGUCUUCAUUCCCGUAUCCGCUGUCUUGGGUCCCAUCGGUGGAGGCCUUUCCCUCGCCCAAGCAUUCGUCCACGAGAACCGGAUCCGUCAAGCUGCUUCAUCUCUUGGCGCAGCCGAUUAUUGCAUUAGAGAGUCAAUAAAAUAUGCUAGACAGCGCAAACCAUUCGGCACCGAUCUAGCCAAAAACCAAGGAAUCCAGUUUCCCAUAGUAGAACUGGCAACACAGGUGGAAAUGCUCCGACUUCUAAUUCGGCAGACAGCGAAUAGGAUGGACAAAAUGAGGCGCCAGGAAAUCGAGUCUGUUCUAAGUGACAAGGUCAGUAUGUGCAACUAUUGGGCAAACCGACUUUGUACACAGGCUGCAGACCAAGCUAUGCAGGUACAUGGCGCCAUUGGAUAUAGUCGGCACAAGCAGUUUGAACAUAUAUAUCGCCACCAUAGACGAUAUCGGAUCACAGAAGGGAGCGAGGAGAUUCAGAUGCGCAAAGUAGCGGCAUAUCUAUUUGGCUAUGUAGGAUCACGGAAAGCAGAAUUAUCUGGACUCUAGAAUAAAAUCAUUAGACUGGUAGAUGGGCUUGCGAGCACUUAACUGUGAAGUUCAUAAUUGUGAAUACUUCAUACCCAUGUAGUUUCUUGAUUCAUAUCAAAAACCACCUGUUUUCGAGUUUGAAUCGCAAUUAUACGGCUUCUAACAGGUAAUUUAUCACGUUUUCUGGAGCCAAGAGACGAAAAUAUUGAAAGAGGAGUGAACUAGAGGUAUUCUCAAUAUGAAUUUGAGAAGGAAUAUCUCUUUAAUCCAAAUGUAC